AUGCACGGACCGCCCUCCGGCGACAGCGCAUGCCCAUUGCGCACGAUCAAGAGAGUUCAAUUCGGCAUCAUCAGCCCAGAUGAGCUUAAACGGAUGUCCGUUACAGAAGGGGGAAUCAAGUACCCUGAAACAACAGAAGGAGGGCGUCCUAAACUUGGUGGCCUUAUGGACCCCAGACAGGGCGUCAUUGAACGGAGUGGGAGAUGUCAGACUUGUGCAGGCAAUAUGACAGAAUGUCCAGGCCACUUUGGACAUAUAGAGUUGGCAAAACCAGUUUUUCAUGUUGGCUUUGUUACAAAAAUAAUGAAGGUUCUUCGUUGUGUUUGUUUCUUUUGCUCAAAGCUCUUGGUAGAUUCGAACAAUCCAAAGAUCAAAGACAUUCUUGUCAAAUCCAAAGGUCAACCCAGAAAACGUCUUACACACGUUUAUGAACUCUGCAAAGGCAAAAACAUCUGUGAAGGAGGAGAAGAGAUGGACAACAAGUUUGGGAUGGAGCAGCAGGAGACUGAGGAGGACAUUUCAAAGGAGAAGGGUCAUGGCGGUUGUGGGCGAUACCAGCCGCGGAUCAGGCGAUCUGGUCUGGAGCUUUAUGCUGAGUGGAAGCAUGUCAAUGAAGAUUCUCAGGAGAAGAAAAUCCUUCUGAGUCCAGAGCGUGUUCAUGAAAUUUUCAAGCGCAUCUCUGAUGAAGAAGACGUCAUCUUGGGCAUGGACCCGAAGUUUUCGCGCCCUGAAUGGAUGAUUGUAACAGUAUUGCCUGUACCACCACUAGCUGUUCGACCUGCGGUGGUGAUGCAGGGCUCUGCAAGGAACCAGGAUGAUUUGACUCAUAAAUUAGCCGACAUUGUCAAAAUUAAUAACCAACUCCGAAGAAAUGAGCAAAGUGGUGCAGCAGCUCAUGUUAUUGCGGAGGAUGUAAAACUUCUUCAGUUCCACGUAGCCACAAUGGUGGACAACGAGCUUCCUGGACUGCCCAGGGCAAUGCAGAAAUCUGGUCGUCCUCUAAAAUCCCUUAAGCAGCGGCUAAAGGGAAAAGAAGGAAGAGUCCGAGGUAAUCUUAUGGGCAAACGUGUGGACUUCUCUGCUCGAACUGUCAUCACACCAGAUCCCAACCUGCAAAUUGAUCAAGUCGGUGUCCCAAGAUCUAUAGCGGCCAAUAUGACUUUUCCUGAAAUAGUCACCCCCUUUAAUAUUGACAGAUUACAAGAGCUAGUGCGAAGAGGAAACAGUCAGUACCCUGGAGCAAAAUACAUUAUUCGAGACAAUGGAGACAGAAUUGAUUUGCGGUUUCACCCGAAGCCAAGUGACCUUCAUUUGCAAAUUGGCUAUAAGGUUGAAAGACAUAUGUGUGAUGGUGACAUUGUCAUCUUUAAUCGUCAGCCUACACUUCACAAAAUGUCUAUGAUGGGGCACAGAGUAAGAAUUCUUCCCUGGUCUACUUUUCGACUCAACCUCAGUGUCACCACUCCUUACAAUGCUGACUUUGACGGCGAUGAGAUGAACUUGCACCUGCCUCAAUCAUUGGAGACAAGAGCAGAGAUUCAGGAGCUGGCCAUGGUGCCACGUAUGAUUGUGACUCCGCAGUCAAACAGACCCGUCAUGGGUAUUGUGCAGGACACUUUGACUGCAGUGCGCAAGUUUACAAAGAGAGAUGUCUUCUUAGAGAGGGGUGAAGUCAUGAAUCUUCUCAUGUUCCUGUCCACCUGGGACGGUAAAAUGCCGCAGCCGGCCAUCCUCAAACCUCGUCCUUUGUGGACAGGAAAACAGAUUUUCAGCCUUAUUAUUCCUGGACACAUCAAUGUCAUCCGCACGCACAGCACUCACCCAGACGAUGAAGAUAGUGGUCCAUACAAGCACAUUUCACCUGGUGACACCAAGGUUAUUGUGGAGAACGGUGAAUUGAUCAUGGGCAUUCUUUGUAAGAAAUCCUUGGGAACUUCAGCAGGCUCUCUCGUUCACAUCUCGUAUCUGGAGAUGGGUCACGAUAUCACUAGACUGUUCUACUCAAACAUUCAAACUGUGGUCAACAACUGGCUUCUUAUAGAGGGCCAUUCAAUUGGUAUCGGUGACUCCAUUGCUGAUGCAAAGACAUAUCUUGACAUUCAGAAUACAAUCAAGAAGGCCAAACAGGAUGUGAUAGAAGUUAUUGAGAAAGCUCACAACAACGAAUUGGAGCCAACUCCUGGAAACACUCUGAGACAGACUUUUGAGAACCAAGUGAAUCGUAUUCUCAACGAUGCUCGAGACAAAACAGGAUCUUCUGCCCAAAAGUCAUUGUCUGAGUAUAACAACUUCAAGUCUAUGGUGGUGGCCGGUUCAAAGGGUUCCAAAAUUAACAUCUCACAGGUUAUUGCUGUGGUGGGACAACAGAACGUUGAAGGUAAAAGAAUCCCCUUUGGCUUCAAACACCGGACACUGCCCCACUUUAUUAAGGAUGACUACGGUCCUGAGAGCAGAGGCUUUGUAGAGAACUCUUACCUGGCUGGGCUGACACCAACUGAGUUUUUCUUCCACGCCAUGGGAGGGAGAGAGGGUCUGAUUGACACAGCUGUCAAAACAGCUGAGACGGGUUACAUCCAGCGUCGUCUGAUCAAGUCUAUGGAGUCUGUCAUGGUGAAGUAUGACGGAACGGUUCGAAAUUCAAUCAACCAAGUCGUACAGCUGCGUUAUGGUGAGGACGGUUUGGCCGGAGAGAAUGUAGAGUUUCAGAAUCUGGCGACGCUCAAGCCUUCACACAAAGCCUUUGAAAAGAAAUUUAGAUUUGAUUGUACCAACGAUCGGGCGUUGAGACGAACGCUACAGGAAGACAUUGUAAAAGAUGUGUUGACCAAUGCCCACGUUCAGAGUGCCUUGGAACGGGAGUUUGAAAAAAUGAGGGAAGACCGGGAUGUCCUAAGAGCCAUUUUCCCCACUGGAGACAGUAAGGUUGUGCUCCCUUGUAAUUUGGCCAGAAUGAUCUGGAACGCUCAGAAGAUCUUCCGUAUUAACACACGAACCCCAACAGACUUGCAUCCAUUGAGAGUGGUUGAUGGCCUCAAAGAUCUCAGUAAGAAGCUCGUCAUUGUAAACGGCGAAGACCCGCUGAGCAGACAGGCUCAAGAAAACGCUACUCUGCUUUUCAACAUCCACCUGCGCUCCACACUCUCCUCCCGGCGAAUGACAGAAGAGUUCCGACUUUCCACUGAGGCUUUUGACUGGCUGCUGGGGGAGGUCGAGACAAAAUUCAAUCAAUCAAUUGCUCAUCCUGGCGAGAUGGUGGGUGCUCUCGCUGCUCAGUCUCUGGGAGAGCCUGCCACUCAGAUGACACUGAACACUUUCCAUUAUGCCGGUGUGUCGGCCAAGAACGUAACGCUGGGUGUGCCUCGUCUAAAAGAGUUGAUCAACAUCUCGAAGAGGCCCAAGACCCCUUCGCUGACUGUGUUCCUGUUGGGUCAAGCUGCCAGAGACGCCGAGCGGGCUAAGGAUAUUCUCUGUCGACUAGAACACACAACUCUCCGAAAAGUUACUGCAAACACGGCCAUCUACUAUGACCCCAAUCCCCAGAACACGGUGGUGGCGGAGGACCAGGAGUGGGUGAAUGUCUAUUAUGAGAUGCCCGACUUUGACGUGACCCGCAUUUCACCGUGGCUCCUGCGCAUUGAGCUCGAUCGCAAACACAUGACUGACCGCAAGCUAACUAUGGAGCAAAUCGCAGAGAAGAUUAAUGCAGGAUUUGGAGACGACCUGAACUGUAUCUUCAAUGACGACAACGCUGAGAAGUUGGUGCUGCGAAUCAGAAUCAUGAACAGCGAUGAAAACAAGUUCCAAGAUGAUGAGGAGGUGGUGGAUAAAAUGGAUGAUGAUGUUUUUCUGCGGUGCAUUGAGUCAAACAUGUUGACAGACAUGACUCUUCAGGGAAUUGAACAGAUCAGCAAGGUGUACAUGCAUCUGCCUCAGACGGACAACAAGAAGAAGAUCAUCAUCACUGAGGAUGGAGAGUUCAAGGCACUGCAGGAGUGGAUCCUGGAGACUGAUGGAGUCAGUCUGAUGAGAGUUCUCAGCGAGAAGGAUGUGGACCCUGUCAGGACGACUUCUAACGACAUUGUAGAAAUCUUCACUGUGUUGGGAAUCGAGGCUGUGCGUAAGGCUCUGGAGAGGGAGUUGUACCACGUCAUCUCCUUUGACGGUUCCUAUGUGAACUACCGCCACUUGGCAUUACUCUGUGACACCAUGACCUGCAGAGGCCAUUUAAUGGCCAUCACACGUCACGGCAUUAACCGGCAGGACACAGGACCACUCAUGAAGUGUUCUUUUGAGGAGACUGUGGACGUACUGAUGGAGGCCUCGUCUCACGCUGAGGUUGAUCCAAUGAAGGGCGUGUCUGAGAACAUCAUGCUUGGACAGCUCGCUCCAGCAGGAACUGGUUGCUUCGACUUGCUAUUGGAUGCUGAGAAGUGUAAAUAUGGCAUGGAAAUCCCCACAAAUAUACCUGGCAUCAGUGUGGCUGGACCCACUGGAAUGUUCUUUGGCUCAGUGCCUAGUCCAAUGAGCGGCAUGUCACCUGCCAUGACCCCCUGGAACACGGGAGCCACACCGGCUUAUGGAGCCUGGUCUCCCAGCGUUGGCAGCGGCAUGACUCCUGGAGCAGCGGGUUUCUCACCCAGUGCAGCAUCUGAUGCAAGUGGCUUCUCUCCCGGGUACUCGCCCGCCUGGUCCCCCACACCGGGCUCCCCAGGAUCACCUGGACCUGCGAGCCCAUACAUUCCCUCUCCAGGUGGAGCGAUGUCUCCCAAUUACUCCCCCACGUCUCCUGCUUACGAGCCUCGUUCUCCGGGUGGAUACACCCCUCAGAGCCCGGGCUACUCCCCCACCUCCCCCUCUUACUCUCCCACAUCCCCCUCAUACUCGCCCACCUCCCCCAACUACAGCCCCACGUCGCCGUCCUACUCCCCCACCUCGCCCAGCUACUCCCCCACCUCCCCCUCGUACUCGCCCACCUCGCCCUCAUACUCUCCCACUUCGCCGUCGUACUCUCCCACCUCCCCCAGUUACUCCCCCACCUCCCCCUCGUAUUCGCCCACGUCGCCUAGCUACAGCCCCACGUCGCCCAGUUACAGCCCCACGUCGCCCAGUUACUCCCCCACCUCCCCUUCAUACUCCCCCACGUCUCCUAGUUACAGCCCCACGUCGCCCAGUUACAGCCCGACUUCGCCGAGCUACUCCCCCACCUCCCCUUCAUACUCCCCCACGUCUCCCUCAUACUCGCCCACCUCUCCCAACUACACGCCCACAUCCCCCAGUUACUCCCCAACGUCUCCGUCCUACUCCCCCACCUCGCCCUCUUACUCCCCCACGUCGCCAAACUACACGCCCACCAGCCCAAACUACUCACCCACCUCUCCCUCAUACUCGCCCACGUCCCCGUCUUACUCCCCCUCAAGCCCGCGCUACACCCCCCAGUCUCCCACCUACACCCCAAGCUCGCCCUCGUACAGCCCGAGCUCCCCCUCCUACUCGCCCACCUCCCCCAAAUACACGCCCACCUCCCCCUCAUACAGCCCCAGCUCCCCGGAGUACACCCCCACCUCGCCCAAGUACUCCCCUACCUCGCCCAAGUACUCCCCUACCUCGCCCAAGUACUCGCCCACCUCUCCCACGUAUUCGCCCACUACGCCCAAGUACAGCCCAACCUCGCCCACCUACUCCCCCACGUCGCCCACCUACACCCCGACCAGUCCUAAAUACUCCCCCACGUCGCCCACUUACUCCCCGACGUCUCCCAAAUACUCGCCCACCUCCCCCACCUACUCGCCCACCAGUCCUAAAGGAUCCACCUACUCACCCACCUCACCCGGAUACAGCCCCACCUCGCCCACGUACAGCCCGGCCAUCAGCCCAGACGACAGCGACGAGGAGAACAACUGA